AUGCCGUACAGCAAGGCAUGGCGAAGCGCCAUGUACCCGGAUUUCCGGGACCAGGGUGCUUACGUGGAUUACAAGGCAACUAAGGACAUCCUCCACCGCAUGAAGGAAAACAUCGCCAACCCGUCAACCCCGGACGAGCUCUACGCCUCCCUCCUGGAGCAGAAGAUGCGAGUGUACAAGUGGUGCGAGUGCAAACAGGCGGAGCUGCUGACGCUGUCGCUGCGCCUCUACGAGUGCUCCAAGUACCUGACAGAGGAAGAGGUGGUGACGAACCGCAGUAUCACGCUGAGCAGCCAGCCCAAGAGCACGCCGAAGCGCCUGCUGCCGCGCGAAGCGCGCCUCAUCGCGGAUGCUAUCAUGCACGAGCUGCUCCGCUUCGCCGAGUGCCGCAACCUCAACACCGACACCAUCGAGCACAUCAUUGGCCGCAUGUACCGCUACGCCGUGCUUGGCCCGACCGGCGACCGCUGGAAGAAUAUCUACAUCGAGUACGACUAUGACCAGAUCUCCGUCGAGGAGGUCUUCUGCCUCCUGUCGCGCGUCUACGACCGAGUCAAGCAGACGGAGGACCGCAUUUCGGCGAAGGGGAAGCUCAGCAUCCCCACCGACGCCGAGGGCUCACAGGUGUUUGACCGCCGCUCCGUCAAGUACUGGGUGCACCUGCAGGACCUCCCCUUCGUGAUUGCGCGCAUCAUCCCGCAUCUGCCGCUCAGCACUUUCAAGGACACGUAUAAGGAGAGCAAGGAAAAGCGCGUCCCGUUCCGCCUCUUCUCGCCCGUCAGCUCCGUCUACUACGACAACAACAAAUUUCUCUUCUACCACCGCCGCCUCGAGCGCAUUGAAGGGAGCACGCUGAUCCGCAUGCGGUGGUACUCGGACACGUACGCCGAGGACUGGAACGCGCUGCAGGAGAACGACAACGUGUUCAUGGAGAUCAAGGUGCACCACGAGGCGUGGAGCGGCGAGCGCAGCAACAAGCGCCGCUUUGCCAUCAAGGAAAAGGAGGUGGACGCGUUUGUGCACGCGCAGCUGAGCCUGCUGCCGGCGGUGGAGAAGCUGAAGCGCAGAAACGCGAGCGAGGCGGAGCAGGAGGCGUUCAAGUCCCUCUCGACGGAGAUCCUCUCGAAGAUACACGCCUACGACCUGAAGCCGGUGCUGCGGACGCAGUGCGGCCGCGCCGCCUUUCAGCGCGGCGCCGACCAGACGGUACGUGUGAGCAUCGACACGGAUCUGCGCAUGUCUGCCGAAGACUUCGGGCUCGAUCACCACUGGCGCUACACCGGCGGCGACUCGCCCGUCUCCCACUUCCCUUACGCGGUGGUGGAGAUAAAGCUGCAGUGCGCCGAAAACGAGCGCAUCGCCCCAUGGAUCGAGGAGCUGAUGGGGUGCCGCUACAUGGAGAGUGUCCCCAAGUUCAGCAAGUACGCGCAUGGCAUCGCCUCCCUGUACGGACACACCUCCUUCAUCAACAUGGUCCCGUACUGGAUGCACCAGCUCGACAUUGACAUCCGCGCCUCGACGAAGCCGGAAGUGCACCUUUGGGAUCCGACGAUGGGCCUGGCCGCUGGCUGCCUCGAGCGCACGGCCGAUCGCCUAAUCUUCGGUACAAACCCGGCGCAGACACAGACGGUGGGCGCGUCGGAGGCGCAGUUCCUGCCUCGUACAGACUACGCCAAGAUUUACCAGCGUGUUCUGCGCAGCCUGCAGCACGAAGCCGGAGGUACCGCGGGGAACUCUGGAAACACGUCCGCGGCGGCGUCGACGACGAACUCCUUCAUCGCUGCGGACGGCAUCGCUGACGGCAAGGCAGACAAGAGGACGAAAGACGCAGGCCAGGGCGCGGUGCAGCCCAGCCUCUUACCGGUAGUGCAGUAUUCGGUGGAUCGGCGGCACAUGACGUACACCACCUUCCACCUCUACCCCUACUCGGAGAACGGCACGGAGUCGCUCUGCUACGGCCUGAAGGACAGCAAGAACGCGGCCGCGCAGGUGUUCUACGGCAAGAUCCCGUGGCAGACGGGCAAACGCAUCAAGGUACCGCAGAAGUACGACCCCAAGACGCUGCUGACGUCGGAGCGGUACAUGGUUAAAUGGAUGCAGCUCGCCACGUCCUUCGGCCUCCUGGGCCUGACCAGCAUUCGAUUUGGCAAGGGGCUGUUUCUGCCGCAGGACGUCGCCAACUACUCGCCGUUCUGGCAGGACAACUUUCACGUCGUGAUGGGGGUUGUCAUGGUUGCCAUCGCCCUCCUCACGCUGGCGUACGCGUAUAUCGGUUUCAAGGCACGGUCGCGGCGUGUCUAUGCUCGCCGCAAGAUCCGCUAUGACGACGUUGUCGGGCCCACGUGGCUUACGUUUUUCGUGGCAGUGAGCUUUGUUGUUAUUACGAUGACGCACAUCGCACGGCGGUACGGUCCAAUGCUGACGGGCAGCAACUCGUUCUAA